CAGAUCGGUGAGAGAGAAGUAGAGAAUUCGGCGAUUGAGACUCUGGAAUGUUCGGAUCGGAGACAGGGGGGUCAGAUCGGAGAAACACGGCCAAACUCAAGAAUGCCGACCAUGUUCUCCGAAUUCAUCUAUCUCAGAGCUCCAGAUCUCUUUCGCAUCUUUCCUCCUUCAAGCUCCUCACAUUUUACGGCACACCGCCACCGCCACCGCCACCGC